UCAAUUCAAAGGUUCGGAGAGAAAAGGAGGGCGGUGUUCAUCAGCGGUCGGCAGCGUUUAUCAGCAUGACGACAGCGAUAGAUUACGAUUAUCUUAUCAAAUUCCUAACCAUCGGCGAUUCAGGCGUCGGCAAAACGAGCUUCCUCUACCAGUACACAGAUGGCGUCUUCCACACCAAGUUCAUCUCAACCGUCGGGAUUGACUUUCGCGAGAAACGUGUCCUGUACAACUCGAACGGCAUCAACCAUCGGAUACACCUGCAGCUGUGGGACACGGCCGGGCAGGAGCGCUUCCGCAGCCUGACCACGGCCUUCUACCGGGACUCGAUGGGUUUCAUCCUGAUAUUCGACAUCACGAACGAGCAGAGCUUCCUGGAUGUGCAGAACUGGAUGGAACAGCUGAAGCAGCACGCCUACUGCGAAGAUCCGGACAUAGUGCUGUGCGGCAACAAGGCCGACUUGAAUCACAAGCGGGUGGUGAGCGAAACGAGGGCGCAGUGCCUGGCCGACAAGUACUGUAUCGACUACAUUGAGACGAGCGCCUUCACCGGCCAUAACGUCAAUGCGGCCGUCGAGCUGCUGCUGGAUAAGGUUAUGAAACGGAUCGAAACCAUCGUGCUCAGCUCGACGAUCCAGGCCCGGAGGGGCGUUCCGAUGCUAUUUGUCGACACGAAGAACCCCCCGGUCAAGUUGGAUGGCCAGGACGGUCAGCAGAAGGGUUCCGGCUGCAGGUGUUAGAAAGCGAAGCGUAGUUUUUUUGUACCGACUUGUUCGAAUCUCUCAAGGCACGAAUUAGGCAAAUGUUGACGAUGAAUGAUAUUUUUAUACGAAGCGCUAGAGAAUCUAGCCCGCAGUUGGUUAGAGAUUUGGGAAUUGUUAUGAACAAUUUGAUGUUUCAAUUUGGUUUAUUUUUGGAAAACGGAAAACCACACCGAGAGUUGCUAUCAGUAGUAUAUAUAAAUGGUGUCUGUAUUUUGACCAAAUCUGUCAAAGAAAGCAGAAAAAAAUAAUAUCGAAACCAAAAACAAAGAUUGUGAAUACGACAAUAUUCAUUAGAAAUGAAGCAAACCGAAACAGUAUUGAAU